AUGAACCAAAGGUCUACCCAGACUAUGAGCUGUAACAGUGAGCCCAGAACUUAUCCAUGUACCAUUUAUGGUGACCAAAGUCAUACUGGACCUCAGUUCCCCCUGUUUUACUCAACUGAAACUACUCGUGACCAGGUUAGUGCCCUACAUGGUGGUAUGAACUCUAAAUUUGAGGGUAGACCCAAGUUUGAUCCCUAUUCUAAUACGUAUAACCCUGGUUGGAGACAUAACCCUAAUUUUUCGUGGUCUAAAGGUGCCCAACAGGGUGGCCCAUCUAGCAACCCACCACCAGGUUUUCAUAGGAACCAAACUCAAGUCCAAGAACCGAGCCCAGUUGAACAAAAGGUGUCUUCUCUAGAAGAAACUCUAAGACUCUUUAUUAAAGGUAGUGCCCAAAAUAAUGCCGAGACUACCCAAACUUUUAAACUUUUAGGACAGAGGUUCGAUGAAGUUCAACGUAACCAACAAAACAGUGACCGAGCUAUUACCAACAUAGAGACUCAGAUAAGUCAACUGUCAAAUAGGUUAAAUGAUAGGAAAAACGAGAAAUUUCCUAACCAGUCGACUCCAAAUCCGAAAGGAGUUAACCAGAACUCGGUAGAACCACCUAAGUACAAAAGUCCAGCUGAAAAAGAGACUGAGGUUGACCAAACUACGUCUAAAGACCUUAAUGGGCCUGAGAGUGCUAAGAGUCCAAGUGAGGAAGAUAUCCCUGAGAGAGUGUACAUACCACCCGCACCAUUUCCUCAGAGACUCUUUAAGAAAAAGCCUAGUACAGAUGCUGAAAUCCUAGACAUUUUUAAGCAAGUUAAGAUCAACCUGCCUUUAUUAGAUGCAAUAAAACAUGUACCUGUUAUGGCCAAGUUCCUAAAAGAGAUGUGCACUGUCAAGAGAGACGCGAGUGUCCAUAAAAAGGUAUUUUUGACCCAACAAGUUAGUUCCAUAAUCUCACAAAGGUACCUAGUCAAAUUUAAAGAUCCUGGUUGUCCUACAGUCACAUGUGUUAUAGGUAUCCAAAAGAUAGAAAAUUCUCUGUUAGAUCUUGGGGCUAGUGUGAAUCUUUUACCGUUCUCGGUAUAUGAACAACUUGGACUAGGUGAGAUUAAAACAACUAGGAUAACACUACAGUUAGCCGAUAGGUCAGUCAAAAUCCCACGUGGAAUUAUUGAAGACGUUUUGGUUCAGGUAGAAAACUUUAUCUAUCCAGUUGACUUUGUGAUUUUAGACACUCAACCUGUCUCUAGUCAAGAUAUAAAUAUCCCAAUCAUCCUAGGUCGUUCGUUUCUAGCCACUGCAAAUGCAGUCAUACAUUGUCAAACUGGCCUAGUAGAAUUUUCCUUUGGGAAUCAGAAAAUCUCAGUGAACGCUUUUAAGGCGUUACAAGCCCCACCGGACCCUAAACACUAUGAGUCUAUAUGCAUGAUUGAUUCUUUAGUUGAGAAUACUUUUACCACUAAUAUUGUUAGCGAUCCUUUAGAGGCGUGCUUGGCCCACUUUGGAGCCUACUAUGAUGAGGAUAGUCAUUUUAAAGAAGUUAAUGCAUUGUUAGACUUUGCGCCAGUAAUGAAAUAUGGGAAAUGGAAGCGUAAACUAUAA